AUGCGAACACUGCUGGAUCACCGUGUCGGCGACGACGAUGACGGCGACGAUGACGACGACCACGACCACGACCACGACCACGACUACGAUCACGAUCACUCAUCUACCACCCAAGGCUUCAUCUUAUUCAUCUCACAUCUCUGCUCAACCAUUCUAUACUUCGUCCGCUGCGUUGUGGUCGUCCUGGCACCUGUCUUCACUCCCUCCGACGUCCCCCUCCCCCUCCUACAAACCGUCGUCACUCCCCAAGACAUGGUCGAAAGUGCUAGCAACAGCUCGCCCGGCAGUCUCACCACCGUCGUCCGUACAGAAGUCAUGACCAUCAAGCCGCCUCCCUCAUACACGACACGCCCUUUUACAACAGGGCUUCCCUCCGUCCCCUUCACCGUCGAAUUUCCCGAACCCUCAAAUGCUGAGGAUGGGGAAAAGAAACGUUGUGCUGCUCUCUGCGACUGCGCCCGUGAUGGUUCCGACGAGGACGCCUUGCUCGAGGUAUACACUUGGAUGAGCCAUCCCCUGUUGGUCGCCACAUCCACCAAGGAGCCCCGUCCCAAGUAG